ACUUGGCCUGGGCAGAGGCUGAAGCAGGGGGUGUCUAUCCCUGACGACACUGUGUGUGCAGGCGAGUCUGGUGACGUCUUAGGACCUCAGCUUCCUGGCCCCGUGGAAAGUGGCCAGAGAAUGUACCGGAAGGGCCGGAAGCUUGGCUCCAGCCGCCGCCGGCAGUUGAGAGAGCCGGCCGACGGCCAGGAUGCCCUGGGCGACCCAGGACCCGAGGCCUGGACCCCGGAAGCCGAGGCGGAGCUGCAGACCUUCUUCCAGGACUGCGGGGCCAAGGACAGAGGCUUUGUGACCCGCGAGGACCUGGCGGAGGCCAAGUUCCACUUCCUGGGCAUCGAGCAACAGCCGCAGAUGGUCUUCGACUGGGUGGACUUGGAGCGGAGGGGCCGCCUGUCCCUGGAGGAGUUCAGUUCUGGACUCAAAAACAUCUUUGGCUCCAGCCUGAGCACCCAUGGGCUCCGCAGGCGGCGGACACCAGCCUCCCAGCGGGUGUCUGUGACUGCUGGCUUCCCAGCCCUGGAGGAGGCCGACUCCGAGGAGAGGGAGGCGUUCCUUGCCCUUCUGGGACAGCUGGGAACUGCUCCCUCGCUUCCUGAGGAGACGGAAAUCUGGCAACUGUGGAGGAAACUGAGGCAGGAGGAGCCCCAGCUGGUGGACAACUUGGAGGGUUUUCUGGCCAAGAUGAGUAGCCGCCUGCAGGAAGCCCGGGCCGACAAGGAGGCCCUGGAGCAGACUCUGAGGAAGUGUGACUCCGACCACCACCGCGAGGUGCGGCAGCUGUAUGAGGAAAUGGAGCAGCAGAUCCACCGGGAGAAGCGGCAGCUGCAGGCCCAGAGUGACUCCAGGGACCUGGCCCUCAGUGCCCAGAUGCAGGAGGCCCUGGAAGCCAAGGAGCUUGAGGUGCAGCAACUGGCACAGGGCCAGAGUGAGCUGGAGGCCCAGCUCCACAGCCUCAGUGACACCCACCAAGAGGCUACCUCAGAGAACCUGCAGCUCAGAGAGGCCGGGCGAGACCUGGCCGGGCAGCUGGAGGAGGUGCGGGGGCAGCUGCAGGUGACCAGGGGACACCUGGAUGCCACCAGGGGCCUAGUGUCUUGGCAAGCGGAGGAGGAUGCCAGGGUUCCUGGAGCAAACAAAAAGGUCUCAGCCACUCGGGCCGAGACCCCCGAGGAGGGCCCCCUGCCCGGGCUAUUCGGGGACAAUGAUGACUGGGACCAGCUCCUGAGUGGCUUCAGCAGCUCCCCACCCCGAGCGCCACAGCUGGCCUGGAGCCCACCCUCCUCACCCCAGGCUACCCCAGGAGCCCCGACGCCCCGUGUGGUCAGGCAGAUCUCCAUCUCGGAGCUGCACACAUUGCCAGAUCCCAAUGGGGCCCCGAGGAGCCCGCCAGAGUUGCACCCCAGCACCCAGGAUGGGAAGGGAGGGGAUCUCCUGGGGGCCCCAGUGGAGGGAUCGGGGAGCCUGGUGUCAGCCAUGCUCAGGGUCCUCACUCCUGUGGAGGAGGAUGCUGGCUUUCAGCCCCCUCCCCAGAAUCCCGCUGGGCCCAGGGAGCUGCUCCAGGGCCCUCAUGGCCCUGAGCCCAGGCACGAAGAGGCCCCACGGGCUGAGGGUGCUGAGCCAGGCUUGGCGUCCCCUGGCACUGUGCUCUUCACUCAGGGGCUGGAGCCUGUAGGACAGGCUCCCCAGGAGGGCCUGGGGCUGGGAGAGCAGAGCCUGCGCAGGCAGAAGAGCCUUCCCGAGGGACUCAGGGAAGCUCAGGGCCAGGCCCUUGGGCUGCAGUGGCCAUCCACCCACCUACUCCAGAGUCCUGAAGCAGAGCCCCAGGCUGGGGAAGGAAAAGCAGUAGGCCGAGGCAGGCAGGACCCCAGUUCCGAGCAGGCAGCCGAGGCUCUGGAACCCACCCAGUCAGCCCCUCUGCCGGCCUUCACCUUCACGGAGCCCCUGCAGGCUCCCUUGGCAGUGGCCCUUGUCUCUGAGCAGCCACUUCCCACGGGGCUCUCUCCCAACACAGGGGCCCAGCAGCACCCCCAGGCCUUUUCCACCCCGGCUGAGCCCAAAACCCCACCUAGACCCCAGCCUGACACUGCCCAGGCAGAGAACGAGACAGGCCCCCCUCCACUCAAGGCAGAGAGCUGGCCCUCAGCCCCUGGCACGGACCCCUCCCUCGGGUACUCUGCCACCACCCCCGAGCCUCAGGCCAACCCUGACUACCUCUUCCACGUCAUCUUCCUGGGUGACUCCAGUGUGGGCAAGACCACCUUCCUUCACCUGCUGCAUCACAAUGCCUUCGCCACCGGGUUGGCUGCCACCGUGGGAGUGGAUUUUCGGGUCAAAACCCUGCUGGUGGACAACAAGUGCUUUGCGCUGCAGCUGUGGGACACAGCUGGCCAGGAGAGGUACCACAGCGUGACGCGGCAGCUGCUCCGCAAGGCGGAUGGGGUGGUGCUCAUGUAUGACGUCACCUCUCAGGAGAGCUUUGCGCAUGUGCGCUACUGGCUGGACUGUCUGCAGGACGCAGGGGCGCAGGGCGUGGCCCUCCUCCUCCUCGGAAACAAGACGGACUGCGAGGAGGCGCGGCAGGUGCCCACGGAGGCCGGGCAGCAGCUGGCGCAGGAGCUGGGCGUGUCCUUCGGAGAGUGCAGCGCCAUCCUGGGCCACAACAUCCUGGAGCCCGUGGUGAACCUGGCCCGGGCCCUUAAGGUGCAGGAGGACCGCCUAAGGGACUCGCUGGUGGAGGUGGCACCCAGGAAGCCUCGCAAGAGAGCCGGCUGCUGCUCCUGACCCCGCCCCUACCAUCCCACCCGGCUUCUGUCCCUCAGCUCCAUCCCGGC